AUGCAAGAAGAAAAGUUGCGUAAAGGGCCUUGGCUUGAGGAGGAAGAUGAAAUAUUGACAGCCACUGUGGCCCUUUUGGGGGAACGGCGGUGGGAUGCAUUAGCAAAAGCAUCAGGCCUAAGUAGGAGUGGAAAGAGUUGCAGGUUGCGAUGGAUGAACUAUCUUCGUCCCAAUCUAAAGCAUGGACAAAUAAGUGCAGAAGAGCAGCAAAUCAUUCUUCAACUUCAUGAACUAUGGGGCAACAAGUGGUCAAGGAUUGCACAAAGAUUGCCAGGGAGAACCGACAAUGAAAUAAAGAACUACUGGAAAAGCAAUUUGAGAAAGAAAGCACAAGUUCAUGAACAAGAAACUUUUGGAGGUCUCGGAAACAAAGCGAAGCAAAAUUUGCUGAUUCCAGAAUGCGAGAGAGUCACUCCAAGAACUCACAAUGGAGAUUUCACAUCUGGAAAGGAUUGUAUUUCAGGGACCGAUUAUUCUUCUGAUACACUUGAGCCAUUGGACUUUGCAUUCCUAAAUUCACCAUAUGAAGUCCGAUUAUCAGAUUGGAUUUCAUGUUGGUCUUCUGAGAAAAGUGAAAUUAUGCAACAUCAAUGGCACUGCUGCAGCUUAGACUUGUCAUGUUCCUGUUAUACAGCAUGGAUCUCUAAAGACAGUGACGAUGGUCUAUGGGACUCUUUAGAUUCUAUCUGGGACCUAGAUUACUCGAAGAUGAUGAUUGAUUAA